ACUGUGCACUCCAUUGUUAAUUUCCAUUUCACCGGUAACACGACCGGACCCCACCUGCAUCAGAAAAUGAACUCCCGACCUCUCGCAGCCUGGCACAGUGGUGUCUGCGAUUGCUUUGAAAACGCAAGCACAUGCUGCUAUGGUUUCUGGUGCUGCCCCUGCCUGGCCUGCACAGUUUCAGGGCGACAUGGCGAGAACACAUGCCUACCAUUGUGUGACAUCUUCGGCUCUGGUGUGUGCGCAGCUGUUGGGAUACCAGCCUGUGUGCCUCCUGCAGGUUUGUCCAUGAGGACAUCCAUUCGUAAAACAUACAAUAUCAAGGGGUCGCUCUGUAAGGACAUUCUUGUUUCCUGUUUCUGCGUCUGGUGCAGCUGGUGUCAGUUGCACCGUGAGCUGAAACACCAAAACAAAACGACGGCUGUCGUCAACGUCAUUAAUCAAACGGUCAUCCAGCAGCCUGCUCCUAUGAUGAUGAUGCAAACACAACCCACUGUUUAUGUUGCUCAACAUUAAAAUACUGCAAAUGUGAACUUUUAUGAAUAUUUGCCAAUAUUUACAUUGACUUAAGAUAACCCAGAUUAUAUUUCUACACAUCAGUCUGAUCACUAAUACUGUUGUGGCUGCUAAUUGAAACCGUGAAUAAACAGUACAGGCCAAAAGUUUGGACACACCUUCUCAUUUCAAUGUGUUUUCUUUAUUUUCAUGACUAUUUACAUUGUAGAUUGUCACUGAAGGCAUCAAGUGGUUAGAGUGGCCGCCCUGAGAUCGGUAGGUUGUGAGUUCAAACCCCGGCCAAGUCAUACCAAAGACUAUAACAAUGGGACCCAUUACCUCCCUACUUGGCACUCAGCAUCAAGGGUUGGAAUUGGGGGUUAAAUCACCAAAAAUAAUUUCCGGGCGCGGCCACCGCUGCUGCCCAUUGCUCCCCUCACCUCCCAGGGGGUGAUCAAGGGUGAUGGGUCAAAUGCAGAGAAUAAUUUCUAUGAUUGUGUGUGACAAUCAUAGGCACUUUAAAACUUUAACUUUUAAAACUAUGACACCUGUGAAGUGACAACCAUUUCAGGUGACUACCUCUUGAAGCUUAUCGAGAGAAUGCUAAGAGUGUGCAAAGCAGUAAUCGGAGCAAAGGGUGGCUAUUUUGAAGAAACUAGAUUAUAAAACAUGUUUUCAGUCAUUUCACUUUUUUUUUGUUAAGUACAUAACUCCACUUGUGUUCAUUCAUAGUUUUGAUGCCUUCAGUGACAAUCUACAAAAAAGAAAACACAUUGAAUGAGAAGGUGUGCCCAAACUUUUGGCCUGUACUGUAUAUGAAUUUUCAUGAAUAAUCACCUUGUAUCAUAAUUUCCUAUGCAUUAUACAUUUCUUACAAACCUUGCUUUGAAAUGAGGAUGACAAAGAGAUAUUUAAGUUUUUUUAACAAUAUGAAAUGUUUGGAAUAGAUGAU